AUGAAACGACCUCUACGUCAAUCUUUGAGAAGACUUGUGCCAGAGCACCCAGCGGCGUUGGCCGCAUUGGAUAUCGCGCUCUCGUCCCUUCCACAUUCGAUUAUAAACCACAGCUUUCGCGUUUUUCUGUAUGCAAAAGCAAUGAAUGCCUCAUCGAACGAAGAAUCAUUACCAACCAGCCCUGUGAAAACGAUUCGAAUCGCGGACCACGUCCUAUUUGUCGCUUGCAUAUUGCACGAUAUUGGAAUAACUGAAAAAUACGAUUCGAUUGCGAGGCGCUUUGAAGUUACCAGCGCAGAUGAAGCCGCGAAUCUACUACGAUCUAACGGUGUGGAUGAGGAUUCGAUACGUGAAGCCUGGUUGGCAAUUUCAUUGCACUCAAGCCCUGGAAUUGCUGAAUAUCUUCCAGGAACUGUGGGAGCAAUGAGGAAAGCAAUAAUGGCAGAAUUUGGAGCAAUGGAUGUUCCAGAGAAUGAACUGGGCGAAGAAGAACGAGAUCUGCUCCUACAUGGACAAGAUUUAGAAAGACUCGACAUAGAAACGGAGUUGGGCGAUGCGAUUGUUCGACAAUGCCGCAAAUCACGCACAAAGGCUCCUUCGGCGUCGUGGCCCGGUGUAAUGUUGAGGGCAUUCGAACAGGACCCAGAGCACGUUGGGGCAAACAAGGCAUUUUGGGAUUGUUCUUGA